AUGUCUGCUCGUAUUAUUGCACAAAUUGUUGUUUCAUUAGGAUCCGUAGUAACAAGAGCAUUUAUUGCUGCAUACAAACAAGCUGCUGCGAAUGCUAAACAUGGUGCUGGUGCAGCAGGUGGUGCAAGAACAGGCACAAAGGAAGCAGUUCUUGAUGCUUUAACUCGUAAAACGGGUAUGUCAAUGGAAGAAGCAUGUCAAAUUUUAAAUGUGACAAAAGAAGCUGAUAUUUCGAAGCUUACAAAGAAUUAUGAACAUUUGUUCAAUGUCAAUGAUCCAACAAAGGGAGGUUCGUUUUAUCUUCAAUCCAAGGUAGUUCGAGCAAAAGAGAGAUUUGAACUAGAAAAAGCACAAGAAUUGAAGGCAAAAGCAACUGAAGAAGCAGCGGAAGCGGCAGCAAAGGAAGCACAAUCAAGAACCCCUCCACCUUCAUAA